UCAAAUCAAAUAUAAGUGUGCUGAGUGUCAUAUUAUUGUGUUGUAUUUGAUUUUUCUGAUUUCGAAUUUUUACUUUAACUAUAAUAUUUGUAAACUUGUAGAUAUCUGCAAUCUAUUUAGAAUUCUUGCUAUUCUAAUCGUUAUUCCGAAAUAUUAGUUCUAAAUAAUCGUUCUACGCUCCUGUUCUGCUGAUAUAAAUUCAAUUGCUGGCCUUUGUUUUCAUUGUCAUUAUCCACAAUGCCUAUAUUAUUUAGCGUGGUUGCGCGAGGCACUGUGGUGCUAGCUAAGUAUGCUACCUGUGAAGGUAAUUUUACCGUCGUCACUGAACAAAUACUAUCGAAGAUACCACCCCAUGACGACAAAUUGACAUAUUCUCAUGGAAGUUAUCUGUUUCACUAUAUCGCGGAAAAUAAAUUGGUAUACUUCUGCAUUACAGAUGAUAAAUUCCAACGUUCUAGAGCUUUUCUUUUCCUCAAUGAAAUUAAAAGGCGAUUCAUCGCAGCUUUUGGUGAAACUGCACAGACUGCUAUUCCAUAUGCCAUGAAUGGAGAGUUUGCCAGAAUUUUAGCUACAGAAAUGAAGCACUACAGUGAGUCAAAAGACUUGGAUGCUAUAUCAAAAGUGCAUGGAGAGUUGGAUGAGCUAAAAGAUAUCAUGGUCAAAAAUGUUGAAAGCAUGGCCAUGCGAGGGGAAAAACUGGAGUUACUAGUGGACAAAGCAGAUAAUUUGGCAACUAAUUCGGUGACUUAUCAAUCCACAUCGAGGACCCUUCAACGCUCCCUGUUUUGGAAAAACAUAAAGAUGUAUGUGAUUAUAGCAAUGGUGGCAGCCCUAGCUGUGUACUUAAUCGGCGCAAUGGCAUGCGGCGGCCUGGCGUGGAAAUCCUGUGUCGGUUAAAAAUCAUAAUACACUAUAAUUAUUCUCAUAACCUUGUUACACACAUUGUAGAAUAGCAAGCAUGAUAAUUUAAAUUCUACAGUACUCUCAUAUUAUCAAAAUAAUAGUUUAAAGUAGGCUUUAAUAUGUUACUCUGGAGAGUCGCUUGAAGGACUUGUGUCUUGUCAGCUUUAGUAAUGAAAUAGUACUAUCGAGUGUUAUAUUACGGAAAGUUAUUCGUUUUUUUAUUAUAGACAUGUGUCGAUCAUACUUUCGGAAUGAAGAUCGGGGUAUCUAAACUGCUGCUUUAAUCAAACAAUAGUUUUAUCUGUAAUUACCAAUGACACCGACUAAUAUUUAAUUCUCAAAGCCUAUUAAAUUCAGCAGGUUCUAUUAUUUAAUACAGUGUUUUUAGAUCCUCAGCUAUCAUUAAUAGAGAUUCAAGUCGUGUUAUUAGAUAUUUUUGGCCGACAUGAUCUUUAAAAAAUUGAGUGUUAAUUUAAACAUGAUAUCCGGUGAUGGGAAUAUCAAUAAUACACCACACUAAUCGUGGAGUAGGCGGUAAGCUCAUCACCGUUUGAUUCAGAUAUAAGCAUAUCAAGUGCUGCGUACACCUCUGUGUCGACAGUUACUUUGCCCAAUCUAGAAUAACUUUCGUGAAGGUACAUCAUUUUAAUUUUAACCCUAAUAGUGACUAGGUAUUACUACAUAACAAGACCAGUCUUCUGCUACAUAUCACAUUUGGCUAUUCCCUUGCAAACGACUUAUGUGCUUGCUAUUCUGUGCUAUGAUUUCGGCUGUUUAUGUUUUUUGCAUGUUUUAUUAAAUGACUUUGUUCGUAUCCUCGUUAAGUAUGAAAAUCUAAUUAUUAUUAUCAAUAAAAUUGUAUGGAUAUAUGUAUAAAGCUUUAGACAUAGACAUGUUAAGGAGGUACUUAUUUGACAAAUACUGAAAAUUUGUUGUUCAAUACAACAAAUUGCUGAAUUGAAUAUUAAUGGAUAGAUUCAAAUAACACGCCUAUUUUUUGAGUUAUUACAUUACAAACAAAAAAAAAAUCCUAAUUCUAAUAUUAACCAUAGCCACUAUUAUGUUCUUUUUUCUUUAUUAUACGUCAUAUCGUUUGUUAGUGUAAUGACAAGCGAAUUAGAUGAUACGUUAUUCUCGACAUGUAACGAUAAAUGCAUGACAUAUAAGCUCACCGCUUACAUACUCAGAUGAUGUAAUACAUAAGUUAUACUAAAGAAUUAUAAUACGAAAUUUCAUACCUGCUACCGUUGGGAUAAUGUAAUUAUUGGUUAAAAUGGCCUACACACGACACUAACAUUGCAACUUAGUGGAUACAAAUAUUCAGUGACCAAACCUGACUCAAAGUACUGUCAACCUGAUGAUUCUUUGUUGUGAGACGAAACACGUUUCGCAAUAUGCGCGUAGACUCAAUAACGGUCGGAAUUUGAACACCAUUAGAGAAGAUCAUAACGGUUGUCAAAUUUUCGCUUAUUGUAUUAUAAAUUCAUUAAAUAGAGAAAUGCAAAAUAACAUCGAACUAUAAAAUACUAAAAUCACGGGCAAUAGCUGAUGGAGAACUCACGGUAUUGCUUACUAGAUCGUGUGUAGCCAAAUCAAGGCGGAUACGCAAAAUAGCCACUUAUUCUCGUACCGUGUAUAGGCCGUUUAACGCAUAAGAAUAUUUUUUUUAUAAAGUUAAUGACUUUAUGUUUCUUCAAGUUUUAAUAUCAAUGACAUGCCGUUCAGUUAGUAAAGUGUGAUAGAGUAUCCAAAUAUUUAAAUACCAAACAUCUACAAGAAACUUACACAUUUAUAAUAAUAUUAAUCUUAAUAAUAUUGAUAAAUAUAUCAUUAAUAAUUAUGAGCGUAGAACUAUAUUAUUAUUAAUUUGUUAUAAUUUUUAUUAGUAACCCAUUAAUUAAAACAUGUAUAAAAUAUUAGUAACAAAAAAUUACACCCUUCACAGUAUUUUUUUUUUGCAUAGUUGUUUUAAUUUUUAUAUUAUAUAAAAAUACAUAAUUCUGAAAUGCUUCUAUCAAAGAGAAUAAAAUAGUGU